GGAAAUAAUCGUGAAUUAUUGAUUAAGAUGUUGAUGAGGAGAUAAUGAUGAUGAGCUUGAAAUAAUUAGUUAUUUACAUGUUAAUUAUCAUACAAAUAUCAAAGGAUAUAUCAGCAAAUGGUGUAAUUGUGUUUCUUUUGGUGUUGUUACCAUGGAGACAGAAGUACUGAUUUUGGUAGCAGCACAGAUAAUUUCCUGUUUAGCUUUUCAAAAGUCAGUUGUAAUCAAUGAACCAUGCAAUGAAGACCAACAAUACUCCUUAGGGCUGAAUGAUCAGCUUUACAUCACUGUCAAUGGUGAUAAAUUUUUUGAGAAGGCUUGUGGAAUCAGUCUGAUUGCCAAUGAUGACAAAUUUCAGUGCUCCAAUCUCUGUAUCUCCAUUGCUAGCUACCAUAUACAGACAUGUGAUCUACGGCUUGCUAUCUACGAUACUGGAGUAUGGAAGUUUGGGUCUGCUAGUCCUGCUGUUUUGGGACAGUGUAACAACCAGUUGACUAGGAAGGACUGGUGUUCUACUGGUAACCAGGCCAACAUUAGACUAGAGAAUACAGUUGGCACAUGGGCAACAAUGGUGGGAAAAUAUGACUUUGAAAUUAUAGUUGUCUCAAGGUGCUCCACAACACAAACUGCUGCUGUCCCAUACAAAGUUUCAGAAAAAGAAUCCAGCGGUCCCGACCAGAACACAUUGAUUCUAAUAGGAGCUAUCUUGAGUUGUGUGAUUAUCUGUAUGGGAAUGUUUAUCAUGUUCCUGGUCUGGUACAUCAAAAGGCAGGCUAUUCUCUCUCACCAAAGUGCCAACAGCCUACCAAGGAGUAUCUCACAAGGAAGUGCUGUUUAUCAUGCUGUCCAGGAAACAUGUGAUGGUCAUGUGCCAUCAGAACCUAUUCAAGUUACAGACAAAAUGUUGACAGAUGAAGAUCCCAGUCACCGUGUCUGGAAUCAGCCCCAGCCCACAGCGCCACCUGUUGAAGAAGAUUGUAGCAAAGAAAGACCUCCUAGCUAUCACGAAACUUGUAUUCCGCCCAAUUAUGAAAACACUAGCCCACAAAAUAGAGGUCGGGAAAUAGUCUGAUCACUUGCCCAAACUGUAGAGGUUGGGAAAUUUUGAAUGUUUUAUAAAUAACAAAUUGUUUCAAUAUUAUUAUUACAAUUAUUUCACAUCAGACUGACUGAAGUUGUUGAAACAAAGUUGGAUGUACAAACUUUGUAAAAUGAUGAAUAUUUGAUUCUAUCCCAUUCAAUUUUUUAUUGACAUAUGGCGAUAUGAAUAAUUCAGAACAUAAAAUGACAAAUUGUACUUUUACAAUUAGCUUGAAUGAACAAUAUAUGCAGUCUGCUUUCACUCAUAUACAUAGAUGUAUUUUUUACAUGUAAAUGCUUUAGGAAUUUAAUAAAUAAUUAAUACAUGUGCAUUGUAAUGUAUCAAAUAUAUUUUAUCAAAUACUCUUAAUGUACAGUCAUUUUAUUGGAGUGUUAUGGCAAUUUUGAUCAACCAGAAUACAGAUAUGUGUUCUUGAGGUCAAUUUGUUGGUUUUUAGUGUCAACCAUUCUUAGAUACAGAUGCUAUAAAUAACGUUAAGCACUUUGCACUUGUUAACCAAUAAUUCCAUUUUCAGAAAACAUUAAACCAGUGUUGUAAUUUUUCUCCUACAAUUUGAGACCACUUUAAAGAUAAGAUUAAGAAAUAAUUCAUGCAAGCCAUAGAUUUGUUGGAAAUUUUCCCAUGGUCUGGGCCAUUAUAUUCAAAUUUUAUCCAGAGUGUCAGAAGUGAUAGAAGUAGGAUUGUCUUAUUCCUUUACACCAACAAAUUUUGAAAGCAGUUUUACUUUAAAACUUUUUCAUUCACAAAUGAUGUAUCCUUUUUAUAAAAUUACAGUAUAACGGUAUGACAUUAUGUGGAGGAAAAAGUCUUAAAAGAAUAAUUUUGAUAUUUUUCUUGUCUGUUUAAUUAUGAAUUGUUUUAUGUCAAUGUUGUAGGUUUUGUUUGAUGCUUGUUAUAUUAAUUGAAGAAUCAUACUAAAGGUCAAUAUUUGUUUUUGGUUGUUGAUGUAAGUUGAGGAUUUAAAUCAGGUAUUUACACUUCAUCAGAACAUUAAUGUUUUUAAUAGAAUUGAGAUCAUAAUUGUUGCCUGCUAUAGUAGAAGAUGCAGGAACACCUGAGUAAAAUUAUAGAAUCAUGAUGGAAAUUGUUGCCUGUCCUAGAAGAAGAUGCAGGAUCACCUUAUAAAAAUUAUAAAUGGUUGUGCAAUGAAAACAUUUUUUUUGUAAGAUCUUUAAAUCCUGUUUAUACUUUCAAAUUGAUUUGCAAUAACAAAAGAAAUUUUCAGUUUUUAAAGAAAAAAUUUCUCAUAGUCAAAAAGCUGGCUGCAUUAAUGUUUUAAUAGUCUUUUUUUGUAUGACAAAGACAUUAAAGUUACUUUGCUAAGUGUGUUUUUAGUAAUUACAAUGCGAUUAAGUAUCCCAAUUUUAUUUAUCACCCUUGGUAUGUGUUUAAAGCACCUGGGGUAUGUAAAAAAAAUGAACUAUGGGCCCCAUGUGUAUAGAUUUACAAAUCAAUAACACAAUAUGAAUAUUUUUUGCUUUCGUAAAUAUUUUUUUACUUUGAAAAUUUAUAUUGUACAAUAAUCCUGCCAGUAUGUAUGUUGUAAGAUGGGGUUGACAAUUUGUAGCAUUUGUGAUGUUUUCACUUUGUGUUUUUAGGUUGAUCUUUCAUUAUUUAUAAUUACUAAAUAAAUACCAGAGUUUUGCUAGACUAUAUAAGGGGAUAGACCCAGGUCAAGGGACAUUACUCUUAAAAAAUCACUAGAACGUUGGUGUCAAUCAUUUUCAAAAAUAUGUUUGAAGCUUCUCAGAAACACAGAUUGUUUGAAUUCUGUUUGACAAGAAUGUUUAAAAAACAAUGAUGAUACUGAAUCUUAAGGAUGUAGUCAUGUCAAUUUUAGGAAUUUUUGUUAGAUGUGCGGACUCCUUGGAUUUUUUCCAACGAUACCGGGUAAAAUAUUUUGCCCCAUUUCACCCACUUUUCUAUUCAUAUAAGACUUCAAUAGCUCAUAAAAGGUAACCCAAAUUUAAGCAGAUUCUAGAUUUCUUUUCUUACAACUUUAGACCCAAAUAAUGCCAAUGCUAAGUAUAUGGUAAAAGUCCGAGUCAGCCUUUUCCCGCCAUUUUUUUUUAAUUUAUUAUCUCGAAAUGGAGUUCCAUAACCUUUCAAUAUUUGUUCAGCUUAUUUUGUUCUUUAACUAAUGCUCUUCUGAUUUAAAGUAUCAACUUUAAAUUCCAAAUUUUUUUAAUUUCUCCUUAAAAACACAUUACUGAUUUAAAGUUUUAUAUCCUUCGACACAGAUCUGUGCUAUCUUUUGUCUGUGAAAGUAGUUGAAACUUUGAUAUGUUGUAGCUGUUUGUCUAUAUCAGCAAAUGAAAUUAUCAAAUAUUGGGGAUCCAACUAAUACUUUUUUUUCAAAAUGUUAUAAACUUAACUUCUAUUCUGAAAAUUAGAAAGUAUUGUAUAAAAUUCAAUACAAUUGAUUUUAAGGUUUUGUUUUGCAUAAGAUGUUGUAAAUUGUUACAUUUUUUUAGAAGAUUUGUAGAAUUACUGAGUUAUCUCCCAUGUUUGAUUUAUUUUACAUGCAUUCUGUACAAAUUUUCGAAAUGAAGAAAAAACACAAUUAAACAGUUGAAUUUUUUAGCAGAAAUUUAUUUGUUACAAUUUCUUAAAUGAAUGAAAAUGUCUCAAAAGUUAUCAUGGUUCUUAAAGGUUGUAAAUGUUCAUCGUUAUUGAAAAGUGCUUAAUGGUCUAUUUUGAUUUUAUAAAUAUUCAUAACACUUUUAUGUGUACUCAUAGAAAAAGUCACUUUUAAAGUGAAUAUAUGUAGAUAAUUACAUUUGCAUAAUAGAAAUUAAAAUUAUAUGUUGAAAUAAUUGAGCAGAAAUUUAUUUGUAGAUAAGUGUUGUGAUAAAUUGUGAGGUUAAUAUUUGUGGUGUGUUAUACAAUGUGCUUUAAUUAUAUAUCAUGUUUUAUGUCAAAGAUUUACCUUUUAUACAAUAUUAAUCAUUUUUUUGUUUUUCAUACCUUGUCCAUAUCUGCAGGAAUGUGUAUUGUCUAGUAACUUUAUUAACUAAUAUUAAAAAGGAAAUUGUCAAUCCAGUGCACACUAUAUAGGCUACUUAUUGAAACAUGAUAUUGUUUUUUUUUCUGUCAAUAUUAUUAGUGGAAUUUCAAAAAAUCUGCAUCAUUCUUUAAAAUAUCUAAUUAUAUAUUUUUUUUUAAUCCCAUAUGUUCAAAUUAAACGCUGAAAAGGGUAGGAUUAAUAGAAGGUUUAGUUUUAAUGGUCUUAUACACCUAAUUGCUAUUUGUUCUUCAUUACUGGAUAUCACAAAGGUUCCCGUAAAAUUUUGACGUCACAAUAGAAAAUGUCUGACACCACAAAGGAAAAGUAAUUGUUGUUUUAAAUCAAAAGUUCAAUUCUCAGGUCAAGUGUUGCAAAUUCCCAAAUAGCGAUGAGGUCUAUAAGUCUUUUAUCGAUAAUGUUUAAUAUAAGUGCUGUUCCAUUAUUCAAUUAAACUAAAAAGUUCAUAAGGCAGGUUUUAUUUUGAGAAGGGGGUCAAGGGUUAUUUAUAGGUGUUUCCCAUUUGAUGAAUGCAGAAUAUCGAAAAAAAAGUAUGAGAGAUUUUGGAAGUUCCUUUCUACUCUUUCUACCAUUGGACAUGACAUGAAUAUAAGAGUUCUUUCUAAAUUUUAUUUUUAUUUGUCUUUAUACUUAUGUUUAACUUUAACAUUUUAAUAUGUUAAUGCCUCGUUUUUAUUUGUUUCUAUUUCAAGCUUUAAUAUUUUUUUUACAUUUUUUUUUCUAUUGUUGAUUAUGUAUAUAUACAUUUACACCAAGCAUUUUAGUCUAGUCAUUUAUUUUAGAGGAAAGUUUAUUCUCUUCACCAUAACUACUUGAACUUAAGUUCUUCUGUUGUGACUUUAUUGUGAGUAGAUGUGGGAAAAAUCUUGAUAAAAUGUUGAAGAAGUAGGAAGUUACUUAACUUCUCCAACUGGUUUGAUUUAUAAACAGAUAAUUGAGGGUCUUGAUUUGGGGGUCUUCAUUUCUGUAUUCUUUUAUUCUUUAGGCCUUUUUCUCUAUUCCUUAUUUUUUUGCCCAUUAUUCUCUGUUCUUUAAGUUUUAGCAACCCAUUAUUCUCUAUUCUUUAUAUUUUUGGCCCAUUAUUCUCUAUUCUUUCUAUUUUAGAACCCCAUUAUUCUCUAUUCUUUUUAUUUUAGAACCCCAUUAUUCUCUGUUCUUUAUAUUUUUGCCUUUUAUUUUCUAUUUCAUGCCAAUUCUUUUCUAUUUUAUGCCCAUGAAUCUCCUUUCUGUAAAUCCCAUCCAGACCCCCAUCAUUUCUUCGUUGGUAAAAAUACUCACACAGAACAAGUGUUUAUGAUUGGAUAAUUUAUUACCAUAUAAAUUUGCAAAUAACUUCAUUUUUUACAUGAAUAAUUUUAUAUACAGUAUAAUUGGUUGUUUUCUCGUAGAAUAUUACUUAUUGAGAUAUAUUUUAAGCAUUUAAAUGAUUGUUGUCGUAAUUUGUAGGUUCAUUAGAUUCUUGCUGCACAUGAACUUGAUUUAUGCUGCAUUCAGAUUAUACGCAUUUACACAGGCUAAAUUAAAGUUAAAUGACAAAGUUUGCAAUUAUAAGACAUAAAAUUUUCUGGCUUAUGUACAUUUUUGCAAGCACUGGCAGUCAUGGACAAAUUAAAAUACUCACUGAGAGAAAUUACAGCAUAAUUUUUUUUUUGCGUAAUGUAAUUUUUACAAAUGUAAAAUUGUCAUUUUGAAUACUUAAUUUUCUAAAUUUUAAUUGGACUGUAAUUAGUUGAAAAAAAAACAAUUUAAAAGAUUGGUUCUUGACUUAGUCUUAUUGUCAUGUGACCUGUACAUCCAGUCAUUAAGAAGACAUAACCAAUAGUUCUUACCCUAAACAUUGGUGGCAGCAUAAUCAGUGCAAAAAAGUUUUAAAAAGUUUGAACAUUGUCAAAGUGUUUUAAAGGGAAUCUUCUACAUAUAAAUGCAGCAAAAAAUGAAAUCCUCUUUUAUGUAUUAUUUUCCAUUAUAGAUUAUUUGCCAUUUGUUAUUUGUGCUUAUUGUUUUUUGUGACAUAUUGAAAACAUUAUUUUGCUCCAGCUUAUUUAAGUAUUUGGACCCUACGUGGGGCAAAGAGUUAGUGAAAAUUAACCAAGAAAUAUUUCUAAAAUGUGAACCAUGCAUGUUUGUUCUAUAUACAGAUUGAUACAGUACUGAAACUAACCAUGUAUAAAAUUUGUAUUAUGUGAACAAUACAUGCACAUUCUAUAUACUGAUUGAUACAGUACUGAAAAUUAACCACAUAGAAAAUUUCUCUUAUGUGAACCAUACAUGUACAUUCUAAAUAAUGAUAUGAACAUAUUUACUUUUUUUCUUCCAUAUAAGAUGGAUUUGACAUAUCAUGUUUUUAUGCCAGUACGUCAUCAGGUAUUAGUGGUUUAAAGCUUUGAUCAAGAAGAGUAACUAUAUUCUCUUCCUGUUUUGGCACUGAACAUGAUUAGUUUGCUAAAUUGAAUUGCACUAAAUAUCUGUAACGAUGUUUUCACAUUUUCGAUAUCAAGUGAAUGAAACUUUUGAGUGGCUAAAAUUUCAAUAUAUGUAGAGAAGUUCAUUUUCAAAGUUGGAGGAUUUAAAAAUUUCAUAACAUCUGUUUUUUAGAGGUAUUAUGUACAAUUUAUCCUUUUGAGUAAUACUGGUUACACUUUUUGAGCAUAACAAAUCACUGUGAUCAAAAGAAGUAUAAAGGUUACACAUACAUAAUAGAUAGUUUCCCAUUAAUAUCAUUUUGAUUCCGAGUUAUUUCCAUUUGUUACCGUGUGGGAGAGCAAACUGGUUGAUUUCUUGUUUGACUACAGGUAAAUGAAUUUAAACAGAUGAAACAAGAAAGUCUAGUAAAAGAUCCUUACAUGUACUAGAUGAAGUUUUCUCCUUACUAGAUGGGGUUCUUACUAGAUGAGAUUUUCUCCACACUAGAUGGGGUUUUCUUAAAGUUAAGCAGCCAUUAUGACAAGUAGAACUUGAUCCAUUUAUCAAGGUAUUUGUGGAUGUUUCAAAGGGAAAUAGCUCUGAAAUCAAAUGAGGUCAAUGGAAAUCUAUCUAUUACAAAAAAUCUGUUUGGUUUAUUACUGUUUUCUUAAUGCUUCCUCAACACAAUAAGGAUAAAUUGUGCCCAAAAAUUUUGUGCCCCAAGUUUCUAAAAUCAAAUAUCCCAGAAUUGAUUAAAAAAUUCAAUUUCCUGAGUCAGAUUUAUUUCCUUUAUGAUGUCAUCUUGAGCUAGAAGCUGGUAUGACUUAAUUUCGUUUUAUAAAUAUGUGUAAAUAUUAUUAUUUUAUUAGCAAUACCAAAUCUGGAAGAUUUGAUGUCAUAAAUGUUGUUAUUGUAUAAGAUUAUCAUGUCAGUUUUCUGACUUUAAUAAUUUAUUUUUUUUUGUUUUCUCAUUUUACUUGCAAUUUGAUUUAUUAUUUUGAAAUAAAGAUGUUACUGGGA